AUCCGGACGCCGUACUCCGUCGCCGAGCUACAUUCGCUGCUCCGCAUUUCGCCACCACUUCACCCCGAACGAAGCCUCUUCUAUAUAAGACCUCGUAUUGGAUUUUCCGACGCCUGAUUUCCCCCCAGGUUUGGAGUGUCUGUGGAUUUUCAUAGCUCCUUAUACUAAGUGUAGAAGAACGUCCUAUGCCUUUUACUACAUGCUAUUUGUUUGAUUUUGCCAUCUGUGAAGAAUUGCAUAAGUAAACUUCCAUGGCAGGCAAUGACCUGACAGCUCUGGGCCGUGUCAUGCUUGUUGACCUAAUUCCAUCAGAAGGCCUUCCUUCUGAUUCAUACAAAUUAUCAGCUAGUACUUUGUCCCAAUCACUGGCUCAAUACUCGGCCGCCAUUAUCAAGCUGCCUACCAGUGAUGCUGCUCUUUUAGGGUCAUGUCUUGAGUCGGCCCGAUUGUACUUUCACCAAAAGAAUUCGUACCCUUCUACGGAUGAUGUGAUUCACGAUGAUGGUUCCCGGGAGUGGUGUAAGACCUCUGGCUACCAUUCAGAUCCUCAACUGUGGCAAGAAGUGUAUGAUUUUAGACCAGGACUAACUCCCACAGAGCCCAAUGAUGGGGUUGAAUUUCCACCUGCUGGUCUAACGGAUGUAUUUGCAUUACUUGGAAAAACUGCUAGAUGCAUACUUGAUGCCAUUAGUUUCUUUUUAAACCUACGCAGCUCACCUUUUACUGAAAUUCUUGAUAAUGUACCCUUGAGGAAUCGGGAGAUAUCUUCUUCUGUUUUAUCUGUUUCGUGUCAUGGAAGGCCAUCUUUUCAGAGUGCUCGACACCAUAACCUGGCAGCUCAAGAGGAUGGUCAGUUGGUGAUGUUCUCAGAUCACGACGAGCAUCAGGUUGAUAGAAGCCUUUUAACUAUUGUCAAGGCAGAUAAGCCGGGAUUACAUGUGAGAGAUUUUCAUGGUCGUUGGGUUCUUGUGGAUGGUGAUCUUGGACCCCAGGAAGCAAUAAUUUACACAGGACUUGCUUUAUACCAGGCAACUGCAGGCAAUAUCAGCACUGCUGUUCAUAGGACAGAUAUUGGGAAUCUUCAGGGCCAUAUGUAUGGAGGAAGAUGUUCACUAUCUUUUAAACUCAUGCCUAAAUCCAUCGCCAGUCUGAAUUGCUCAGAGAUGCGAGCUGCUGGUUAUGGUGUUGAAGCCCAUUUUCAACUCCCUGUGCCUGUUGAUGACUUCAUGCAGAGAUCAACAGAUCAACUUCUCAAUAGGAACAACUUCCACACUUUCAAUUUCCCUGCCACACAAGAUGGAUCUAUGAGGACACCUGAGAUGAGAAGGAAGAACAACUCAAGAUCCAAAGUACUUCCACCUUCAAAGAGGUUACGGCUAGAGGCACAGAGAGUCCUCAAGGAAAGGGUUCAGGAUAUUGCCGAUAAGAAGGGCAUAAAGAUGAAAUUCUGCAGCUUGAAGGAUUGUGAGAGCCAUAUUCAAUCCAUUGACAGUCCAUGUGCUUCAGUUAGGAUGGAGAUAGGGUGGCCACAAGGAGUUCCAUUUGCUCAUCCACACGAUCUUCCAAACAAGGCAAAGAUUGGAUUUCUUGAGACGUAUGAACCUGGUUGGUCUGCCACCCAUGAUAUGGAGAACCGAUCUCCAGAGUUCUCAGAAUGAGUUUACCAUUGAACACGUUGAUGUUUUCAUUUUUUUUGUCGUCCGCGGUGGGGUGGGCAAACAUGCAUUCACCUUGUAAUGCACUGCCCAAGAAUGUAAAUCAUGAAGCCUCAUUCCCACUUGAGGUAUCCUACUUGUGCUGCAUUUUUUGUGUGUGGGAUGGGGUAUAUAUCCAAAAAAUUUGGAUUAGUGUUACAAUUGAGGACUUUUUUCAUUGCUAUCCAUAGAUAACACAGAUAGAGAGGUUAGAAAUGUAUAUGGGAUGUGGAAAUUUUGCUCCUAUAUAAGUCUGAAAUUCUGGUCACAAAUCACAGAAAAAACAAUUGACAGCAAA